CGAGAGAACAACGAACAAAGAGCCCCCGACCCUCAACAGUCCGUCCUUUUGUCAUCAACGGAGAUUGACAUUCUGCCUUCAUCGCCACGACGGCGACGAUUCCGACGAAGACGAAGAUCGGAUAGGGGGAGAGAGAGGGAGAGGGGGUGUCAAUUUUUGAAAUUUGAUUGAAAUAUCAGUUCUUUCAUUCACCGGGGAAGCUUCAGAUCGAGGGGAUUCGAUCGCGGAGGCAGAGGGAAUGCUGAUCCGGUGAUCGAAGUUGUUGGGGGACGCGGAUUCCUGAUUUUUUGGGCAUGUCAGGAGGGGAGUUCAGCGAUCAGAGCCACCUGCUCAGAGAUGCAUCCCCGAGCGACUCCCGCGAAGUGGGGGAGGGCGGCGACGUGGAAGCACAGCUCACCAGGAGCGGCAGCGGCGGCGGAAGAGGAGGGUUCAGGGAUCUGCUGAAGCGUCUGGACCGCGGGUUCUCCAACCGCCGCCACAGCUUCAAGCGGCUCGAUCGUGCCCGGGACAGGGAGAGUUCGACGAGGGGAGAUCAUAACCCCCAUCACCACCUUGAUUUGGAUAGCGGCGGGGAUGUGUUGGGGGACAGUGCGCCCCCGGAGUGGGCGUUGCUGCUGAUUGGGUGCCUCCUCGGCCUCGCCACCGGCCUCUUCGUGGCUGCCUUCAACAAUGGGGUGCAUGUGAUACAUGAAUGGGCAUGGGCUGGCACUCCGAACGAGGGUGCUGCAUGGCUACGUCUACAGAGACUGGCCGAUACGUGGCAUCGGAUUCUUCUGAUUCCGGUCACAGGAGGAGUUAUUGUUGGCAUGAUGCACGGUUUACUUGAAAUAUUGGAUCAGAUAAAGCAGUCCACAUCUUCUGAAGGACAGGGUAUUGAUUUGCUUGCCGGAGUCUUCCCCGCCGUAAAGGCCAUUCAGGCUGCUAUUACUUUGGGAACCGGUUGCUCUCUGGGUCCUGAAGGCCCUAGUGUGGAUAUUGGAAAAUCUUGUGCUUAUGGAUUCUCAUUAAUGAUGGAAAACAACAGAGAGAGGAAGAUAGCUCUCGUUGCAGCUGGUGCGGCAGCUGGAAUUGCAUCAGGUUUUAAUGCUGCAGUUGCUGGAUCCUUUUUCGCAAUUGAAACUGUUCUAAGGCCUCUACGAGCGGAAAACUCACCUCCUUUUACGACGGCAAUGAUAAUUUUGGCAUCAGUUAUAUCAUCUACCGUGUCAAAUGUGUUAUUGGGAACACAAUCAGCGUUUACUGUUCCUGCAUAUGAUUUGAAAUCUGCUGCUGAGCUACCUCUCUACUUAAUUCUGGGCAUGCUAUGUGGUGUAGUAAGUGUUGCCUUCAGUCGGUUGGUUAAUUGGUUCAAUAAAUCUUUCGAAUACAUCAGAGAAAGAUUUGGACUUCCGGCUAUUGUUUGUCCUGCCUUGGGCGGUCUAGGUGCGGGAAUAAUAGCUCUCAAAUAUCCUGGAAUCCUUUACUGGGGUUUCACAAAUGUCGAAGAGAUUUUACAUACUGGAAAAACUGCAUCUGCUCCUGGAAUUUGGCUUCUGGCUCAACUAGUGGGGGCCAAAGUUGUGGCUACUGCACUUUGCAAGGGCUCUGGGCUUGUUGGUGGACUUUAUGCUCCGAGUUUAAUGAUUGGUGCUGCUGUUGGUGCUGUAUUCGGAGGCUCAGCUGCUGAAAUUAUCAAUAAAGCUAUUCCUGGCAAUGCUGCUGUUGCCCAGCCGCAGGCAUAUGCAUUGGUGGGAAUGGCUGCUACUUUAGCUUCUGUUUGUUCAGUGCCGUUAACAUCUGUUCUGCUCUUGUUUGAGCUGACAAAAGAUUACAGGAUAUUGCUUCCUCUCAUGGGAGCUGUUGGAUUAGCAAUAUGGGUUCCCUCAGUGACGAAUCAGGACAAGGAACCUGAUGCAUCUGAUGCUCGAAACUCGGGACGAGGUUAUUCUCAUCUUUCACAUGCAGAAGAUAAAAAUGAAGUUGGAUGGGGACAGACUGAUGGACAUGGUUUAGAACUCUCUGUCGUUGGUAAUGAUUCUAACCACAAAUCAGAUAACGAAGAUCAACUUCUCGAGGAUCUUAAGGUAUCUCAUGCCAUGUCAAAGAAUUAUGUGAAGGUGUCUCUCACUGCAACCCUGAAGGAUGCCACCAAAGGCAUGCUCGAUGGGCAGCAGAAAUGUGUGCUUGUGGUUGAUAAUGAAGAUUUACUGGAAGGGAUAUUGACUUACGGCGAUAUAAGAAGGUAUUUAUCCAAGAAGUCCUCCAAAGCUUCCAAUGGAGAUGCGGCCUAUGAGGAUGCGACUACAUGCCCUGUUGCUUCCGUUUGUACACGGAAGAUAAUAUAUCGUGGGCAAGAGCGUGGGCUUUUAACCUGUUAUCCCGAGAUGGAUUUGGAAAUAGCCAAGGAAUUGAUGGAGGCAAAGGGUAUAAAGCAGUUGCCAGUGGUCAAGCGUGGUGGAGAGCCCUGGAAAGGAAGGAAGAGAAGGAUUGUCGCGAUCCUUUACUAUGAUUUGAUCUGGGGCUGUCUCAGGGAAGAGAUCAAGCACCGAAAAGCAGUCAAUCAACGGCAAAGAGAGGACAAUCUCGAGCUUGCCAUAGUAAACCCCCAUUAGUCGGUAAAAGCAACUCACUUGCAGCCUGUGAGCAACUUCACUUCCAUGUUUUUUUGUAAUGUUUGCCUUUGGCAGUUGCUUUGUGAGUGGGGUACAUAUAACCGAGCUCCACAGUUAUUUUCUUCAGUGGGUUUAACCGGGGAGUGCCAAGCGGGGCAGAGCGCUCGGGAUAGCUACAUUUUGUACACAUCUGUUACACAGCUCAGUGAAAAGACCGAUAAAAAUCCUAUGUAUAAGCUUGUCCUCCUUUUUGGUUGGAAAUGUAUAAGCUUUUUCUGAUAUUGCAAUUCAUGCUGUCCGGAAUGCUGCCUUUAAUGGACAGCUUUGGCGCUUCGAUGCCUGGUAA